AGCCAAAUCAAGGUAAAUGAUGUCAUUUUCUAGCCACUAAUGUUUUGAAAAAUCAAAACAUUGGAAAAAUUUUGAAGCAAAAGCUUAGUCUCCUCCAUGAAGUCUAACCAAAUCCAACACCUUCAAAAAAUAAAAUCCUCUUGUCUAAGCCAUUUUUCUUCUUUAUGGGUUAAACCAUCAUCUCCUUCAUCUAUGUCUAUGGCUCCAAAUCAGAAGAUUUCUCAACAAAAAAGACCCAAAACUAAUGGCUUCCUCUCUUGUUUUGGGUUCUCCUCUAAGAAAAAGCCUAAAAAGGGCGGUCCCGGAAAGAAGUUCAAGUUAAAUUGGCCUAAAAUCAAAGUUAUAACAACGAUUAAUAAGCGAGAUAUGAUCUUUGAUCCAAAAUCAGCUGCUCUUAAAGCAAGUCAUAAUAUCAUGCGUGAAGCAACAAAAGUUCACCAACAACUUAAGUUGAUUGACCAUCAAACCACAAAAACCCAAGAGCCAAAUAUGCUCACUAAAAAAAGGAUCCCUCACCAACAAGAAGACACAGAAAGUCAUCCUAAGACUGAAUCAACAUAUUGUGAUACAUGUCACAGAAAGGAUUCCAGUGCUCCUAAGGCAGUCAAACAGUGCAUUUUGACGAAAAAAGUUACAAAGGAUUCUAUGAUUGGGGUCUCGAUAAUGCUGUCGAUGCUAAUAAUCUUGCUGAUUUGGGGUCGGAUUUGCGCAAUUUUAUGCAUGUCCGCAUGGCUAUAUUGCUUACCACUUCUCCGGCCUGUAAAUAGAGCGGUUAUUGUACCUGAUCAUACAGAAAGAAAGUUGGCUAUAAUAAAUCAUUCGAACUCAGAAAUGCACAAGAAGAAAAUUGUGUUACAAGGUCUUCUUCAAAGAGAUCACAAAUCUGCGUUUGCUAUUUCGUGACAAGUCCAAGUAUUAGGGAAGUGUGUUAUAUUAGUCAUACACUUAUAAAUCUCAGGUCAAGCAAUUAUAUAUAUUCAUAACAAGAUCAGCUACUUAUAUUAGGAGUUUUGUCACUUGCAAGUGUGUCCAAUUCAUUCUAUUAUUCUCUCUUUUUGUUUUAUAAAAUUUUUGUUACGUAUUGUAGAUAUAUACAUAUUAUACUUUAAAAAAAAUCAAUAAUUGUAGAAAAUGUAAGAGUACACUAGUUAGAUUAUUAGCAAUAUAACAUGACUACUACUAGUACAUAUAUUUGGCUUUGAAACACUUAUAUUCAUAUAUAUUCAAUGCAAUACAUGAUAUUGUUAAUA